GUCUCUUUCAGCCUCUGCCUUUCUAUAACUCUGCCUUCCAAAUAAAUAAAUAAAUCUUUAAAAAAAAAAACUAGAAGAGAGGAGCUCAAAGUUUCCCAACACAAGGAAACAGUGAAUAUCUAAGGAGAUGGAAGUGAAUGCCAGUUACCCCAAUUGGAUCAUUACCCAGUAUCUUCAUGUCUCAAACGCUGUACUUUGUAAAUAUAUAAAUAUAUAGAUACAUAAUGAUAAUUUUCAAUUUAUGAAAAGAGAGAGACCAAUAAGGUGAAAAUAUGGUGAUCUGGAGCCCCUUCUGUCCUGGAGGAACCUCGUGUGUGGGUGUUUGAAUUAAAAAUCUGCCAAGUCAACUUGUGACGAGUGAAUACCUUUUCUGAAAUAUUUUAUUUCACUUUAGAGCAUGACCAUUUGGGUUGGUGGACGUGGCUGGGACAUGAGGGUGACUCUCCAAGAGAGGGGCGAUGGUCAUUUCACACGGAGCUUUUGAAAACCAAGGUAAAAGAAAAAGAAGUAUUAUGACCAAGACUUCACAGAGGAAGCCACGUGACUAUAUGAGCCAGUGCAAAUCAAGGCCUGGCUUGGGUACCUCAAUCCCCUUGAGGAUGUCCAGUUACUUAUUCAAGAGGCCAGUUACUAGAGUUUCAGCCCACCCUGGCAAUGAGAUUAGAUACCACCAACGGGAGGAGAGCCUGGACAAGCCCCAGCAGGUCUGCUGGCAGAAGAGAGUGCAAGGACUGCAGGCCUACAGCAGUGAAGGUGAACUUCUGAGUACUUUGGAUCUCACCAAAGCCUUGCAAAAGCUUGCAUCGAAUUGCACAGGUGCAUCCCUGCCAGGGGCUCCUGCUGUACCUGCCCAUGCCCCAUGUUCACUUUCGUCAGAGGUGAUCCCUAGGGCAGAUCUGGGUCUCUCACAGCUCCUCUACAGGCAAUUUCUGGUGAGUGAGGAAGAUAUUAGAAUACAGGAAAAGAAAGUGAAGGCAGCAAGAGAGAGGCUUGCGAUCGCUCUGAUUUUAGACAGACUAGCUAGUGAAAGGGAGAAAGUGAGGGGGACGAGAGGAGAGUACUGAAAAAGAUUGAGGAAAAAAGAAAAAGAAGAAGAAAUGCAGAUGGAAUGGAGCUUGAACCCAUGUUAACAUCUUUGCAGUGUCCAAAAAAAUUUUUUUUGCUCUGAGCUGUUGAAACUUUCAAAUGCACUGAUGCUUAUUUUUAUUAAACUUCUUUGUGCGAUGCAAGAGAAUAUGACCAGUGAUUUCUUU